AGAGAGAGAGAGAGAGAGAGAGAGAGAGAGAGAGAGAGAGAGAGAGUGGGGAGUCCAGCGCGCUCCGGGCAUUUGGUGAAGGAAGCACGGAACUCGGGAGCGCAUCAGCGGGAUUGAAGCAGCCGAUCUCGAGCGCAUCAUGAUGCGCAGACACUUGAAAUCCUCCCCAGGAUCAAAUGCUAGAUAAAAUGAUGCUUUGUAGACCAUCCGGACUAAAGGAUCGCCAAGCUGACUCUGUUGGGGGUCUGGAAUUAAAUUUUAGUUUAUCUGGGGGAUGUUUAUUCUGAAAACUCAUACCGGAGAAGAGACUAGAAGACUUUAAAAUGCUGCCUAGAUGGGUCGAAGCCUCUUCAGAAAAGGGAAGUGGUUCAAAAUGCUACUUGUGAGGAAGGUCGUGCCUUACGAGAAUCGUCCAGCUGCGACGAGAGAGGAGGUCGUCUUCGAUGAGUCCUCCAUACUUGCUGCUCCGGCCCUCACACUUUGAAAUCGUCCCUCCUUAAACUCAGAGUGACAAUGUGAUGAGCUCUGCUAUCAUUUCCAGCCCAAGCUUGGACGGAGGGAUGAGAGGGAGUCGCAUGAGUUAAUGAGACUAUUGCUCUUGUGUUGGGGAGCUUAGGACAGGCAAUUACAGGAGGAUUACCCAGCGUCUUUAACAUCGCCAACUCUCCACCGAGAAGAGCUUCGAGAUCCGUUAAGAACUCCAGUGUGGUGGAUUUUAUUUUAUUAUUUUUUUCACCCUUUUUAAUUACGUGCACUGUUGUUGCUGUCUGAAAGUUUGCAAAGUUUUACAAAAUGGAGGUACAGAUCCGAAUGUGGAAUAAAGACCUACCUACUCUGAUCAGCCCGUGGAUACCGAUACUUCUGGGCCUUCACAUGCAUUUCUCCUGGGCAACAACCUGUCCAGAGGAGUGCCGGUGUGACAGGACUUUUGUUUACUGCAAUGAGAGGAGUCUAACGUCAGUGCCUCUGGGGCUAGGAGAGGGUUAUAAGACCCUCUACCUCCACAACAAUCAAAUCAACAAUGCUGGAUUUCCUCUGGAAAUGCACAAUGUUGCCUCUGUGGAGACGGUGUAUCUCUAUGGCAACCAGCUUGAUGAAUUCCCUCUCAAUCUUCCCAAAAACGUGCGGGUGCUCCACCUGCAGGAGAAUAACAUUCAGACGGUGUCCCGGGCUGCCCUGGCACAGCUGCUACGCCUGGAGGAGCUCUAUAUGGAUGACAACUCCAUCUCCACCGUGGGUGUGGAGGAGGGGGCCUUCAGGGAGGCCAUCAGUCUCAAGACCCUAUUCCUUACCAAGAACCACCUGAGCAGCGUUCCCAUCGGGCUGCCCGAGGAACUGAGAGAGCUGCGGCUCGAUGAGAACCGCAUUGCAUUUAUAGCCGAGAAUGCGUUUGAGAAUGUGACGGGCCUUGAGCUCCUCCUCCUGGAUGGGAACUUGCUCACAGACGAGGGCAUCGCCCCCGGGGCUCUCCAGACCCUCGUUAAUCUCAAAACCUUGUCGUUGGCGCGUAACUCCCUCACGGUUCCUCCUCCUAAUCUGCCAGCCGAGUUUCUAGUCAAGCUCAACUUGCAGGAUAAUCAGAUGAAUGAGAUUCCUUUGACGGCCUUUCGUGGCCUCCAUCACUUGGAGAGACUGGAUAUUUCAAACAACCAGCUGCAGUCUCUCACACAGGGGGUCUUUGACGGCCUCCACAGUCUGAGACAGCUCACUGUUCGAAACAACCUUUGGCUCUGUGACUGCAACAUUAAAUGGGUCAUACUGUGGUUAAAGUCCCUGCCAGCUACCCUCAAUGUCCGUGGCUUCAUGUGCCAGAAACCAGAGAGGGUACGUGGCAUGGUAAUCAGAGAGCUAACCCUGGAGCUCAUCCAGUGUCCUAACAGCACCGCCACAGUCCCACAGCCCACACUUCUCUCUUCCUCUACCGCUGAGUCAGCCACUCAAAUGGCUUUUACACCAGCACGCUCCCGGCCUACACCCAACCCUCCACGUCUGACGCUUCCACCACCAACUGCAGGCAAAGAUGGAGAGCAGAGAACGAAUGACCCGGUCGGCUCAAUGCAGGAAUCGCUUAGAGUUUCCUUUGCAGUGCUAAACAGUUCGUGCAUUCAGGUAAGCUGGGUGUCGACAUUCACCGUCACGGCCUAUAAGGUGACCUGGGUCAAGCUGGGUUACAGUUUGAUAACCAGCCCCAUGCAGGAGUCGCUCGUGCAGGGCGAACGUGAGGGAAUCACACUGACAACCCUGGAGCCCAAGUCAACCUAUCGUAUUUGCGUGGAUCCGCUGGACGCGUUCAAUAAUUACCACCCCGGAGACGAUACAAUUUGUUCAGAGGUGACGACAAAGUCUGCUACAUUUCACUCUGGUGAUAACGCCACUGGGCCGGAGCAGGCCACCCAGCAGGACCCCAGCUCGCCUUUCCUGCUGGCUGGCCUGAUUGGCGGGGCGGUGCUUGUGGUCCUGGUGGUUCUGUUGAGCGUAUUCUGCUGGCACAUGCACAAGAAGGGAAGGUCAGAGUCGUCAAAAUGGAAAUACAGUCGGGGCAGAAGAAAAGAUGACUACGGCGAAGCAGGGACCAAAAAGGAUAACUCUAUUCUAGAAAUGACUGAAACUAGCUUUCAGAUAGUUUCUUUGAAUAACGAACAGCUGCUCAAGGGGGACUUUCACAUUCAGCCGAUUUACACCCCUAAUGGGGGUGUUGGCUUCAGAGACUCCCAAAGGAGAAACAAUAGCACAGAGUACUGCAAAAACAGUGUUCCAGAGUCUGAUACAUGCCAUAAAUGAUGAUUUUAAACAGAUAACGUCCUUUGUAUUUAGAUCUGACUCUUAAACGCACUGUAUUUGAAAAGACAGACUGUAUAAUAUGUAAUUUAUAUUCUGAACAAUAUCGCCUUCCUUUUUUAUUGCUUAGUAAAACUAAAAUGAUUUAUGAAUAUUUAGUUUCUAUGUUGUAUUGCUACAAUCCAAGCUCAUGAAGAUAUAGUAAGUGAGCAAUCAGUAUUAGCAAUCAGCCAUCUUUAAGCACAAAUCAAGGUCAAGUGCUCCGUUAUUUUACACUAUAUAUUUGUAAAAGGAGGAAAUGAAGUAUUGAAAUUGAAGGACGGUGUGUUGUCUGUUUAAAAAGAAAGAAUUGAGGAAGAGUGAGCGGUUCUCACCAGCACCACAAGGUGGCAUCUGUUCUCAUCUCCAAUAUUAAUUUGAGACCUCAAGCUAUACUCUUUGAUCCAGCAUCUCACAUCUUAACUGAACAGCUAAGUUCACAAGGACUGAAUGCAGACAGUUCCUGGCAAACAGCUGAAAACAAACCUUAGUUGAUGCAGGUCUAGAAUUAUAUUGUGAAAUUCAGCAUCAGGGCUGAUUUCCUUCACUGUCCUCCUGUAAAGAGACAUAACAUUUUUGAAUUUCUUUCUCACACUGCAGCAGAUCUACUUCGAUGAGCAAAAUAGCUUCAACACAGAAUAUCUGAACUUUAGUUAGUGCUGUUAUUCAACAUUUGCAUAAUAAUUGCAUUUAUGCAUGCUGGAGGAGGUUAGACUUUUUGACAUUUUCUUGUGUGCUGCAUUAAUUUUAGUUAGAAAAUCCUCAUGAAUACAGUUAAGUCAAUGUGUUACAGGUCCACUUUAAUUGACCGGUUUAAGGGAUCUUCUCUAUUGUUUUACACAUUUAAAUCAUAUGGAAAAUAACUGAACCUAGCUUAAGGUUUUUAAAGGCUGGUUUCCUUGUUAGUUUACAGUACACCUAAAACAAAUGCUCUUGGAACAUUAGGAAUUGGUUAAAAAAAAAACAAAAAAACAAGUAAAUAACCAAAUGUGAAGCAUGCACUAACCUUAAGGGAACAUUCUGUGCUUGCUAGGAAAUACAUGUGCCUGCUUUCUAAAAACCUCAACACUAUUCAGCUUAAUUGUUAAAAGCUGGAAUUAUGGUUUUACUAAUCAGAACUAAAAAAUAAAUUUAAAUACAUCCUUUGAAAUUCACAUGUGCCCUACAACGAUUUUGACAUUUUGCUCAAAUUAACAUAAUGCAGUUAGGUAGAAUUUGUAACUUUGUUAUUUGUUUCCAUGUCUUAGCUGCACACCCAGUACACUCCCCAGCAGCAAGUGAAGAUUGCAGCAUUAUUAUAGCUUUGAAAUGAGAUCUUCUCAGAGCUCUGAGCAGGUGUCAAUGAGCCAUAGCACAGCAAUAAACAAGGCUCUAGAGUUAAUACUACCACUGACCAGUUUUACGACAAUUCUUCGCCUGAUCUGGCCCGUUUUCCCACAUCCAAACCAUUCGAAUGUGUGAUUCAUGCCAUUUUGUCUCUUUAUAUCAUGGCUAUAGCAUUUAUGAUAUGUAUAUGUGAAGCGAUUUAUGAAGUACUCAUAGCUCUCAUAAUGCUUGGCUCAUUGAUCAAAAGGUGAUGUGUGUGACUGAUCACCAAUGGUCUAAAACAUGUCUACCUUUGUUUGCAACAUUGGUAGCACUUACAGUCAGGUUAAAUUCAUUAACAUCAGUUUAUGAAUUAAUUAUCAUGAACUAA